AUGGCCAAUCAAGAACUCCCCCGGCCGAACGUUGUCCCAGCCCAGGUCCCAAAUCCAAAUCAAGGAGCACCAAACCCAGAACCUAAUAAUAAAAUCGCUGAAACUGUACUGUCGAAAAUCGACAUUCUUGAAGAAAUCUGUUUGUAUCUUUCCAUCAAAGACUUAAUUUCACUAUCAAUGGUAUCUAAGCGAAUAGAUUCUACCUUUUUAUCUUCAGACGUGGCAAUUUGGAAGCCAAAAUUGGCUACGUUAGAGAAGAAAGGUAGAUUUUAACUGAAAUUAUUGUGGUUUUAUUUUAAGAUGGUAUUAUGUAUACUUACCUAUUGAAUACUUUUCAUAUUUUUUAAGUACUAACAGUUAGUAAAAACAAUAACAGCCCUGCUUAAUUUUAAAUUUUUAGACAUUGAUGAUGUUGUACAACAACCAACCAGGAGUUUUCGUUUGGAAGUAGAACGUGCUUACCGGCUUCAACGUCAUUUUUUUGCUGCCCUGGAUCCAAACCCAUAA